AUGCGCAACCCGUGCCGGACCCUCCUCCUCGACCUCAAGCACCGCUUCGGGGACGUGACCGGGCUGGCCACGUUCACAGCUUUCGUCCCGCUGGGCGACGACAACCUGCCGUUCGUCAUCGGCUUCGCGUUCACCGCGGCGGCCAGACGGCUGGACAUCGACCGGAAGAUUCGGCUUGCUGGGAGAGGAGGUGUUGGGGACGAGCCUAGGGCGAGACGCGUUGCUGAGCGGUUUCUGGGUAGCGCACUUGGGCCGCGGCGAGGAAGAGGAGGAGGAGAAGGGGCGUGUGGUGAUGACUGUUUUGUUCAGUGA